UGGACUGGACUAGUGUGUUAAUCAAUGGCUCUCACGCUUUUGCUCCGAAGUCCGAACAAUCUCUCUCCGUUGGGAGCCGUAGUUCGGAGGAGCUUCCGCUCAGGUGCGGCGUUGGAAGCCAUAGCAAAAGCUUCGGAACAAAAAAUCCCAAACGUAAUUCUCUACAACUACCCAUCCUUCUCUGGAGCUUUCUCCGCUCUCUUCGCUCACCUCUUCCACUCUACCCUCAAUCUCCCUUCUCUCAUUCUCCCCUUCUCUUCAAUUCACCCUCUCAAACCCGAAGACUUUGACAUCCAUGGCGUUUCGAAAUGCUAUCUGCUUGACCUAAUUGGACCUAAAGGUUUUGCUCUCAAACUCGCUCAGCGCUCAUCGUUCGAGGUUAUAGCAUUUGAUCAUCGAAAAUCAGUGCUUGCACAGAUUCCUUGUGAAGAAGAUUGUCCUCGUAACCUCAAAUUUCAUGUUGAUGUUGAAAAAAGUAGCUCUAGUGCUGUGUAUGAUUACUUUUGUGAUCAACUUGCACAUUUCGGAUUUCCUAAGGGGAUGGUUUCAAGUUUGUUAGACCCAAAAGACCGAGAUCGUGUUGAAAUGGUUCUUAAGUAUAUUGAAGACAGUGAUCUUCGCCGAUGGAGCUUUCCGGAUAUUAGGGCGUUUAAUAUUGGAAUUGAUCAAUGGCGCUCAAAGUUGAACUGCAUCACUAAUCCAUACAUGUAUGAACAGUUACUGGAGUUAAGUUCUGUGGAUUUAAUUUCUAAGGGAAACGCUCAUAUCUCCUCUCGCCAGAAUGCUGCAGAUAAAUUUCUAAAUAAGGUUUUCAAAGUUCGCUUGGGCAGAGGAUUUUAUGGGGAGUGUCUGGGAGUUAGAGUGGACGGGAAUUCCAAUUUAAGUGAUGAAAUUGGCAAGCAACUUGGUGUAAAGAGUGCUGCAGCAGGUCUAAGGCCUAUAGGAGCUGUUGUAUACAUGCAACGAAAUAAUCUUAAAAUGUGCUUGAGAAGUAUUGACAGUGCCACUGAUACCUCUGAAGUUGCAAAGGCAUAUGGUGGAGGAGGUUCCCCAAGUUCUAGUUCCUUCAUCAUAAGGAUGGAUGAGUAUAACCAGUGGCUUUCAGGGAAUUCAUCAUGAGCAUGUCAAGGCUUAUAUCUGAAUUCUUCAUAUUAGCAUUCAAUAAUUUCCCCAAAGUCUGAAGGCAGCGAAUUGAGCAUUUUUCCAUGGCUGCAUCACAGUCUCUUCUUCCCUCUCUCAAACUGUUGCUUACUUCUGUAGAAACAAAAGCAAAGAAGGUGCUUCAUUGGUUCUUGUCUUCCUUUUCUGACUCCAAUUUUUGGUAUUAGCAUUUAAUUAACUAAGAGUGGAAAGUUUAAAGCCCCUUCUAACUACGAUACUCUUAAAGGAUCCGAAGGAGUUCAAUUUCCAUGGAGGUGCAUAUGGAGUGUUAAGGUACCUCGUAAGAUCAUUAUCUUAGCUUACACAGUAGCAUUAGGUAAAUACUAACGGUGGGUAAUCUUGGGAAAUAUCACAUUAUGAAUUUGGAUUGGUGUUGCAUGUGAAAGAGCAAUGGAGCGAUUGUAGAUCAUCUUGGUAUUGUCCACCACAGGAUUGGGAGGAAGUCUGUUUUGAUCGGUUUAUGGCCAUUGUUUACUCUAGGAAAGUGCGGGGGGGUUGGCCCUGAUAAGGUUUGUUGGAAGCAGCAAGGAGUAGAGGUUUUGAGGUUAGAAGUUUCUUUCUUUCUAACCCUACUAUCUCCUUCCCUUGGAGGUUGGUGUGACAAUCGAAGGUCCCUCAAGGGUGGCUUUCUUUUCAUGGUCAGCCUCUUUAGGUAGGAUUCUUACAACUGAUAACCUUCGCAAAAGGAGUAUUAUUGUUCUUGAUUGGUGCUACAUGUGUAAGAGGUGUGGGGAGUCGGAGGAUCAUCUUCUACUUCAUUGCCCCCAUAGCUUUUGAGUUGUGGUCUUUGGUGUUUUGUUUGUUUGGACUCCAUUGGGUUAUGCCACUUAAGGUACUUGAGGUGUUUGAGUCUUGGCAAGGUAAAUUCGGACAACAUCGUGAUAUAAUUUUUUGGAGACUUGUGCCCCAUUGCUUGAUGUGGUGUAUUUGGAGAGAGAGAGGAAUGCUAGAUGCUUUGACGGAUGUGAGUGCUCCUUACUAGAGAUCAAGUCUUUCUUCUUGCAUACUCUACUUGUUUGGAGUGUGGCUUUGUUGCAUUGUUCUUGUUUUUCUCUUCCUGCUUUACUUGAUCAUUGUAAUUUUGGUUCUUGAUUUUUGCCCCUACUGUACAUCCCCAAUGUACUCGGAUUGGCUAUUUUUUUCUUAAUAAAAUUUUUUCAUUACCUAUCAAAAAAGAAAAAAAGAUCAUCUUGUUUUGCA